CUUCACUCCUGUAUAAAAACUUUCCAGAGACUCCAAAGCGGCACAAUGUCUGUUUGCAAGGGAAUAAAGCAGAAGCUCCCGAACACCAUCACGACCACCAAGAACUAUGAAGAAGAAGUAUUUGGAAAAUGUAUAUUGGAAGCCAAAAUGUCCAGCAAAGGAGAACUGGACCUUGAACUGAAGCGCUAAAAUAAAGAAAAAGACGAAUGACAAUUUGGAAAUAUUGUUGGGGGGAAACAGGCUCUUUUUUAUUUGGUUGCUGUUCAAUCGCUUCUCUUCAUCAUGGAUCAUUUUAACCGAAUAGAGUGAAUGACCAGGACAUAACAAGGAAACAACAGGGACACAUGAGAACAGGUACCUUUGUUUUGUCGGUGGGGGGUUUUGACGCGUAAUUUGGAGAUAUCCAGUCAUGACGCAAACGCGCAAAAGUGCCAUUCGCGACUGUACUGAGGUGGACACCUCUGAAGAAUUCUGCUUGGUUUCUUUUUCUUCAUUAUAAAUCAAUCAACUUUGUGACAUUUGGAUGCUAUAACGGGCAGCUCACAGAACUGCACCGGAGUGACCAAAGACCGAAUCCAACAUCGGCAACCUUUUCAAAGCAUUUCAAGGAUAUACUGCGUUUCAUUCGCGGUUAAAAGCGAGCUCUAGGAGUGGAUAUUACAGCUAUUCGACCAAUUAUUUCACACUUUUAUUCAUCUUUUAAAGUCUUCUUUUUUUGGGAAGAAGGCGCGUACGAACUUGAGAUUGACUUGAGUCAAACACAAGUUUCGAGCUGUGCUUUGGAAAUCGCGUUUAAUCACGUAAAAUGAGAAGGUCGGUGUUUAAAGUGCUUUGUUUUGUGUCCUGUGUCCUCUCCAUCCGCUGCACACCGGCACCGGACACCGACACCCAGAGCAUCACCCCGACCUGCGCGUCCUGCGGGCUCCCUCAGACGGAGGAAUCCACACGGGUGGACGUGGACUUCUUGGAGGCGGUGAAAAGACACAUUCUGACCCGCUUACAGAUGCGAGACAGACCCAACAUCACCCACCCCAUCCCGAAGGCGGCGAUGGUGACCGCGCUCAAGAAGCUCCACGCCGGGAAAUUGCGAGAGGACGGGCGAGUGGAGAUCCCGAACCUGGACGGACACUCCGCGUCGGUGAAUGAAGUGGAGGAGGAGACGUCAGAGAUCAUCAGUUUCGCCGAGACAGACGAGUUGCUGACCUCCAAGACAAGCCUGUUUUUUGUGAUCUCCAACGAGGGCAACCAGAACUUGUACGUGUCCCAGGCGAACCUUUGGCUCUACUUCAAACUUCUGCCUAACGCUUUGGAAAAGGGCUCUCGGAGGAAGGUCACGGUGAAGGUGUAUUAUCAGGAACCGGGCCUGGGAAGCAAAUGGAAUUUGGUGGAAAAGCGCGUUGACCUGAAACGCAGCAGCUGGCACACUUUUCAAUUGACGGACGCCGUGCAGUUGGUUUUCUCGGAAGGCGAUCGUCGGCAGAAUCUUGACGUGAGGUGCGAGGGGUGCGAAAAUAUGGGCGUCCUGCCUGUUUUGGUGAACUCAGCCGACGAGUCCCACCGUCCUUUCCUGGUCAUCCAGGCGCGAGUUGCGGACAACAAACAUCGCAUCCGUAAACGAGGCUUGGAAUGUGAUGGGAGCAGCAGUUUGUGUUGCCGCCAACAGUUCUACAUCGACUUCCGCCUCAUUGGCUGGAACGACUGGAUCAUCGCCCCAUCCGGGUACUUUGGGAAUUAUUGUGAAGGGAACUGUCCUGCGUACAUGGCCGGGGUGCCUGGCUCGGCCUCGUCUUUUCAUACCGCCGUGGUGAAUCAGUACCGCAUGCGGGGUAUGAGCCCGGGAUCCAUGAACUCGUGUUGUAUCCCAACCAAACUGAGCACAAUGUCCAUGCUGUACUUCGACGAUGAAUACAACAUCGUUAAACGGGAUGUUCCUAAUAUGAUCGUAGAGGAGUGUGGAUGUGCUUGACUCACGGACUGCAAAUUUUCCAAAAGCAUAAGAGAAUAGUAAAAAAUAUUAUUGUAAAAAAAAGUGCUAUUUAUGAACAUCCUCAAACUUCUCAGAGCUCACACAUCCAUGUUCAUACGCACACCCCAACUCUUUAAUGCAUGCACAAAUCUUUGUACAUAUAUUUAUGUCCUUUAAUUUCACCCAAUAGAGGCAUUUGUCAAUUUGCCAUCAACUGAUUUCCGUUCUAUAAAUACAGGUUUAUUAGAUAUCAUAAGCCUUGAUGUCAAAGGGAUGGGAUUGUCUGCACUGCAAAAAAAUCAUAUUCUUACUGAGCACUUUUGUGUUGUUUUCCAGUAAAAAUAUCUCAACAUCCUUAAAACAAGAAAAUAGUACUUGAAGGGCAGAAUGGCUAUCAAGAUCAAGUCUUGUUUGGAAAUAAAUCUAACACAGUUUGGUGUAGAUUAUGUGUACACUAAGAAAAAUUUACUUACCAAUGAAAAUAAUUUUUUUCCAGUUGAAUCAAAUUUUUAUCUUACCCCAUUGACAAAUAGUUUUUUCUUGUUAUAGGCAUAAACAUUACAAAAUUUUGUUAGACUUGUCAUUUUACUGUUUAAAUUGAUCUUGUUUUAAGAAUGUUUGCAUAUUUUUACCAGAAAACCGGACAAAAGUACUCAGUAAGAAAACUAUUUUUUGCAUGGUGAUAUAUAUGUUCUUACCGAUUUGUUCGGUCCAUUCUUGAAAUGGAGCAAUCAAAUUGUACAAAAUGUUUGAGGUGGUUUACUUGGACAUACAAAUCAAAAAAGCACUGACCAUCUUUUCGAAACAACAUCAGCACUUCCAACAAUGACUUCAUCCAGUGACAACCAAUCCAUUCAAGAGUGUCUUCAACAAACAUCUACCAUGAAUUCAUGGAAAAUAUACAAACUGGCUCAAAUUUACUUGACAUUUCAGACAUGCUGCAUUUUUUAACGUACUUCAUAAUGGAUUUCUCGACAGAGAGAUUUUUGCAGACAGUCUGUUGCUAAAGACAUGAGGUCCAUUUAUAAAUCAUAAGACAUGAGUCUUCAGUGUCUUGUUAUGUCUUCGCCAUUUCUUGGAAGCCUGAUUAUUCAUGCGACAAGCUGUAGCACCGAAUAGACAUGGAAUACUACAGCACGUCAUUUGAGCUCCUGCAACUAACGGUGCCCUUGAAGAAUAAAAACAUACUUAAAUGACCGAAAAGAUCUCACCUGACAUGAGUUGCCAUACUGUUCAGUUAUGUUGUGGUGCAGCAUAGCACUUGCAAAAAAUAUCGUUAAUGCACAAUUUAUAGCACUUGCAGACUAAAAUUCCUUUAAGGGUACAUGUUCACGAUUAUUUUCAAAUAAGUGCCACACAAGCUAUGCAAUGUAUAGUAGUGAACUACACCGGAUGGCCCACACUUUAGCUACUUGUUAUUAACUGUUUUCAAUACUUGAAAUGUAAACUUUCACUUCCUUCUCUGAGCAGAUGGUUGUUACAGUGUUUGCACUGAAGCUGCAUUAUUAGUAAAGAAAAAACCUGCCAUUGAAAAAACAUUAUUUUUAUAGAAGCAAUUGAAUUCUGUUCAGAUGUAUUUUACCGAAUCAUGGAACCAAAGAGGCCAAGAUUUUAGCUGUUGUUAGAUGGCGAGGCCAUCGGAAUCUUUUGUAAAAUACUUUUUAAAUGCGCAAGAGGCCUAAACUAUGUAUCAGGGUACAGUAGGUUGUUAAGUUUUUUUUUUUUUUUGUACAGUAGACAAAUGGAAUGUUUCAUAUUUUUCCAUCAACUUAAAAAAAAAUUCUCCAGUUUUCUAUUUAAUACUAAUAGCGUCUAUUCUGGAAUCAUUUAGAAUCAAAUACAUACCAUCUCUGUACAGCUUAUGUAAGAUAAAGAAUGCUUCUAAUUAUUUUAUUCUUUGUAACUGUUAUGAAAUAAAUUUCUUA